GUCGCCUUUAACCGGCCUUAAAGUAAAGAUCGGAUCGCCGCCGAUCGCCCCGUGCGCGUGCACAACAGAGUUAGAGCCACCGGCUUAUCGUACGGAUCGCGCCGAGAAUGAAAUUCUUUCUUUGCCCGGUAGAAUACAGAAGCAGCGGCAGUGUCUCUUUGUAUAGCAAUCUUGACAAUAAAAGAAAACGGCUGGAACGUUUAUGGCCGAACGGCAGUAGUACUAGUGGCUGCAUCGCCUGAACGGAUAUUUCACCGAGGCAUUUUCCACACGUCUACUUUUGCACAACGUUGCGAAAUACCGUGGCCGGAACACCGCGAAUCGAAUUGCUCGCUCGUGGCACUUCGAUCGUUUAAAACCAGAAACGAGAAAGUAAAUAGAUAAUACAAAGAAAACCCGGAUAAAAUUCGCGGGACGCGCCUUUCUUGUAUCGGUUAGUUUCUUAGCACGAGAUUCGAACUCGCGCCAAAGUGUGUUCCACAGUGGAUACUAUUUCUCUUUUGGGUUACAACAGGAAGUGGCCGAUAGGCGAGAUGCCGGUGCCGGUUUGGGAUUGCUCUGACCUGGGCCUGUUGGACGAGCCCCUGGACACCGCGAUGGUGGUGUCCGACGACAUAUGGAAGAAGUUCGAUAUGGACAAGCUGGACCGAGCGGAUUGUAACACGGACACGUAUCACGAUCGGAACAUCGACGACAGUAUUCUGCCCGACUUGCUAUACGGCAAGAUGACCUGUCUGGCAUCGCGCAAGAUACGCCAUCACGACUGCAUGUGGGCAGGUCUGUGCAUCAGCAAGGAGCACAAUAGGACGUUACCCGCGAAGAAGGACUCUCAGAUACAGAAGAGAGUGCCGGCUGGUCGAAGUCUAUUGAUAUCGCGUGCCAACGCGGCUCAGACGGCUACGUCUUAUGGCAACCAGCAACAGGCUCAGCAACCGUGCCGCGCGAAAAGUCUGGAGAGCGACGGCGAUUCCACGAGGCCGGAAACACCCCAAACUUCAGCAUCCGACACAGAAACGGAGGACGAGGGGCCUUUCUUCAGGCACGAUCAGAUCAACAUACACGAGAAACUCUCCGAGUGCAUGUCGGAAGUGGUCACCAAGGUUGUCCCGGUGAGCGAGGUCACCGGUCAGCUGGUCAGAUUUCACGACAGGAGGAAAGAGGACGACAAAGGUCAGUGUCAAGUGUACAAGGAGACCAACAUCAGGAACACCCUCAGCGAUCACUGCUAUCACCUCAAUCAGCCCAAGAAUCUGGAACACCUGGGCGUUCAGACACCCUCCGAUUCUGAGGAGGAAGAGAUAGACGUAGUGACCUUCGAGAAACCCUGCAGACCAGCGGCCCUGCCGACGUACCCGAGUCCCGCGGACCAACAGCACUUCCAGUUGACGGUGAACACCGCGUUCAAAGACAAGAACCCGGGCCCGAGACCUCGUGGCAGGCCUCCGUCGAACCCAGCGCGAAAAAGGACCGCGCAGCCUGACCACAAGCCGGCAAAACGGGCGCGUCACAGGCAAUACCAGAGGAGAAACAAGGUAGGACGAUGUAUGACCGUGUCGUCGCCACCGAUGAAGAUGACCGUGCAGACAGUCUCGAGAAGUUCCUCAGACGACGAGCUGGACACAGAGAAGAGGAGUUUGCACAACAACAUGGAACGCCAGAGGCGGAUAGAGCUUCGAAACGCGUUCGAGGAGCUGCGGGUUCUCGUUCCAGCGGUCGAGUCGAAAGAGAAGGCGCCGAAAGUCGCCAUAUUGAGGCAGGCAUCCGUGUACUGUGAUAUGCUGACAGAGAUCGGCCAGAUCACCGUGGCCAAGGUGACGGAUCUCAGAAGGCGACAGGAGAAGCUCAGAGCAAGACUCCGUCAGCUGCGGACGAGUCUCGCCAUGACGCGUUGAGGGGAGACUCAGGGAAUCGUAUCAGAUUCGGCCAGCCGGCUAAUCCCCGCGCCAUACGCUUGAGUCUAAUUGAAAGUGGAUCGGCAGCAAUCUCUCUGCUCAACGUUUGUGGAGAUUUCGUUGUCCUUGCGAGACCAUCGAAGAGGUCUUCAGGCGAUCCACCGAGGGGGAAUGUGUGCGGGCGGGCAUUUCGAAGCCUGGCUCGAGCGGAAGAGCCCCUUCGUGUUCGACGGUUCCACGAUUCACUCGAUCGAACGAAUCGCGAAACGUCGGACACUGGCGAAUCUUUCGGUAGUUUUUAACGGAGGAGUAUCAUCGAGUUUCGUUUACCUGAUAUACAUAGAGCCGAGUACUGUCGACCACACACCGAACAGAAUACGUUAAAAUUGGUGCCAAAUAUUAGGAGUCGAGGAGAUCGAAGGGAGAUGGGCAAAGUUUGAUUCGGACGACGAACGAUUGGAAAUACUGCGUAAAACGAAUCGUUUGCCACGUUUGAUGGAUCGGUUAAAGAGCGUUUUUGUUCGCUACACGUUGGAUGACAUUCUACAAUUCAAAUUAGCGGGAAAUAAAAAGUUGUUUAUCUGUUACUCGGGUACGCGAGAUUUUUAUCUGGAUAAGUUUGCCCAUCUCUCGGCGAAUACUAGGUUCGGCUAGCGUACCACCGACCGGAGAUUUCAAUGCUUUCUUGCUUCUUCUUCUUCUUCUUCUUCUUCUUCUUCUUUUUCUUCUCUCUCUCUCUCUCUCUCUCUCUCUCUCUCUCUCUCUCUCUCUCUCUUUACGUUCGCGAAUGGAAAUCAGCGCGACAAAAGGAACUGUGAACUUAAAGUCGAUUUCAUUCUUAUCGUUCGAAUUCUCGAUCACUGAGCGCCUUAUCGCGCGGAUUGUUGAUCAAGACCGGAUCAGAGGAACUUGGGUACCCGGUAGCGUGGAUAGUUGCGAGGAAAACAUUACUUAGUAAGCAAUCGAGUAUCAAAAUACAUUAUUUACGGUUCCUCCAUUUUCACUUUUGGAUACAAGAGUUGCAUUUACGAAGUUGAGACCAAUCCCCGACAAUAGUCGAGGUGGAUAAAGACGAUACUUACAGAGUACGUGAAACAAUCGUCGAUCGAUUUCCAUCCCUCUUGGAUUUCAUCGGCGAUGCGAAACGUACGCGAGAAGAAGCUUGGAUACGAAACUUAUCGCAGCUUAUCCGACACGCUGGUAUCACCAGUUCCCAACCGACGACUGGUCUUAGGACAUGCUUCAUAGCUGAACCGGUUUCCAAGGCGUAUCUUUUCUUUUUUAACAAAAAGAAAGAACGGGGAAACGCGCAUGCAGACUUUGGUUCUUUUUCCAAAACUCGUAUCGGUAACUGGGAAAGAAGUUACUCGUGGAAGUUCUCUUUUAAGAGGAGAUUUAACAUGUAAAAGUCCGAACUGGAAGAGUCAGGUAUAUUCCGCUUACGACUGGUUGCCAUCGAACGAGCAGCUAACUGACGAUAAAUAAUACGUUUUUCAGAAACGAGCCGAAAGAAACUGCAUCCAUCGGUUGUCGAGCGAGUUUUGGAAUCAGUCGAAGUUAAAACCCAUUCCUCGUAAAUGUCGUGACGCGUACCGUAACAUUUUUUAGAAUCAGAGAAACCAUCCCCUUUCGGAUUUAACGUUGGGUGUAAAUUGCAUCAUUUCAUAUAUACAAGAGAGAAGGGAGUGGACAGAAUAUCGUGAACACUUGUGAAUUGAGGUAACAACAAACGUGAACACCUGGAGUUGAGGUAACAUUUGCAUUUAUUAGAGCAGUUUAUUUUCCUUGGAAUGGAUGCUAAUUUUGAAGUUUUCCGGACUCCUAUCGAAACGUCUUCCAAUCGCUUCGGAGCGAUUCGAAUAGCUAUAUUAAAAAAUAGUACCAUUCUUGGAGUACAGUAUGUAGAACAUAGUGUAAACCUCCGAGUACCUAUAAUAUCGAGUUGAACAUUGAAUCAUUUUAAUUUUUCAUGUUUAACAAUUGGAAGUACGUUUAAAUGCAGAAAGGAUGCAUCACCACCUUCAAAAAUAGCAUCAUUCUUGGAGUCCAAUACGUAGAACAUAGCGUAAACUCCCGAUUAUUUACAAUAUUCAACAGAAUAUCAAAUAAGCUCUUCCUCCAUGUUUACCAGUUGCAAUCAGUCCACAAUUAACUGUAUUCAUAUUAUUUUGCCCAAACCCUGUGUAUCCUGGACUACAGAAUAUCACGCGUACAUUGCCUCCAGGUCCGAAAGGGUCGAAGAAGACGAGGGAUCAAGGAUCCCAGAGGAUCGAGCGUAACCCUCGGUUGUUUCGCACGAUUGCUUAGAAAGCGCGUUCGACGUUGCAAUUUUAGCACGACAGUGACAGCUACGAUUAGCCAAUCUCUCCAUUGUCAAAUCCCAUUGUUUUCUCCCGCGUUCUUACCGUCGUCGUUGAUGGGUAGGUGGUUCGCCGAUCGAUGAUCGCUGUGCGAUUUUGAAAGUUCCGACUCGUGGCGCGAUUCGAUGCAUCUAGCAGUGGUUGAUAUUCUGUGAGGCUUAUAAGUAGGUGAGCGAAUGAAUCACGAGAGCGUGUAGGUGGAAACAGUUCGAAUCCAGCAUGAGGAACGGAAACAUAGGACCCCUUUCCCCCCGUUGAAUCCUAAUUUCGCGCGAUAACUUUCUUCGCGGCUUCUCGUUAGCGCGCGUCGUCGUAGUUCAAUUUUCGAAUCGAAGUCCCUUUCGUCCGUCUUCUCUAUUCUUCCUCCUGAUCGCCGUAGACGGUGAUCCUGAGGUGACGGUUAUCCUGACGGUUAUCCUGAUCGUACCGAUCAUCAAAUGGAAGGUUUGCCUUGCUAACAUUCGAGCGUUUAUCCGAUUUCUCGACGAAUAAACUUUGAAUUAUAGAACGAAAAGUUGGAAUCUGUGAGGUUGUUUUUAUUUGCUCUUAGUGCUCGAGUAGGAAUUUUUUUCGAUAGUUUAGUCUACCAUAUAUAGGUCGUAAGAGCAACAGUUUAUUUAUUCCACGAUCACGAGUGUGCGACGUUAAUUAAACUUUUGUUUUUUCUACUGUAUAUGUAAUAUUUAUAGGACCGAGAUAUCUCACGUUGAAUCGAAUGGAAAAUGUGUUUCGAAUAAAGAGGUUUUAUUAUUUGCUACGUGGGAACUCGUAACUUCCUAGAUUGAACCGCUACGCGUUAGUUUCGUACGUUGUUUGUUGUUCGAAUGAUAAUUAUGCCCAUCUCUGGUUGUUUCUCACAUUUCGCCCUUCGUUUAUACGAUAAAACUUUCAACGGGUGCAAUAAAGGCAAACGAUAGGAAAAAGGCUCGUUAGCGGAUCGUUACUUUCGUUAGUGAUUGAUAGAAAUAAAAAUUGCGAACGAGAAGGAGACGCAGCGCCCGAAAACUGAUUAAAGGAAGGAUCGAACGAUUUUUUUUACCAAGCUCGAUCCUUAACGUGAACGAUCGUUUCGCGAGCUUUAUCGCUGAUAGAAUUCGUGACGAUGGGUGGAUCUCUCAGUCGCUUGAAAAAUAGCGAAGUUCUCGGCUCUUUUAAUCGUUCGGUCUGUUCGUCACGGUGCUCGUAAGGUGAACAAUAACGGGGAUUUACAGGAAAAAAUUAAACAAAUGGAAAAAAAAAUUUCAAGAUUUUUCCUGGCCUGUGAUGGCCUGACUACGCUUUUAAAUGUAUAUAAACACUGUACAUAUUAUAUGUAUAUCUAUAGAUAUAUACAUAUAGGUUUAUUUAUAUAAAUAUAUAUAAACACACACGCAUACGUAAUAUACGAGCAUAUAUACAUAUAUAUUAAAUAUUAUAUACACACGAACACCGCGCGCGCGCGAGUUAGAGAGACUCCUAAAUAUUGACUUAAACAUUAUUAUUAUUAUUAUUAUUAUUAUUAUUAUUAUUAUUAUUAAUAUUAAGGUUUCUUAAUAUCACCAUUACUAUAACUAUUAUUAUUGUUACGAGUUUUAGUUACAAGUUUUCUUUUCUCGAGCAUUUCAUUGCUAAACACGAUGAUGAUUCAUAAUAAUUUUAUUACAACGAACCAGAUCGUUCGUAAGUGAACGAUUGUUGCGCGAUUAUAUUCAUUAAGUAUUAGAAAAAUCAAUGAAAAAUAAGAAAAUAUAUAUAUACGAAAUGUCGUCGCGGCCGAUCGCAGAAAUCUGUUUAUCGAAGUGGACGCGAGCGCGAGUGAUGUCGCGCAAGUGGUGUUGGGGGGAGGGAGAUAAAGAGGCAAAAUAAUGUGUUCAUUACAAUUGUAGGUAACAGUAUUCGUUUAUAUACAUACUUAUUACGGACUAUCUAGAGAAGAAAAAAAAAAUAGUUACAGAAAGGAAAAGGACCUUUCGAGUGACAAAGGCUUUUUUCACACGUCAGACACAUACGCACGCGCGAACGUGAAAAAUACAAAUUAAUAUACACACAACACACACACACGCGCGCGCUCGCAGGUGUACACAAGUUUUUCGAAAGCAGUCUUGCCUACAAUGAAUAAAAUAUUAUUCGAGCAGUGUGCAAGCAAGGCCCUAAUCGGGAAGCCAUAAUCGUGGGCCUAAACAAUCAACAUUGCUAUCAAUGUUCGAAAUCGCUUAAUAAUAUACUGCUCGUGAUUGAGUACCUCUUAAAGGUACUUUUAUUAACCAUUCGAAUACUCCGAAGAAACUUGUUUUUCACACACGGCCCCUCGCUCAUCGGUUUACCUACCAUAAUUAAAUUAAUUAUUCGGAAUUACUGCUCCGCGUACCCAAUAAAUUAAAUCUGUCCCAAGAAAAUAGAUUGGUCCUAAACAGCAUCGCGGCGCGUAUAGAUUAAAUUUUAUUGGAAAAUAAUCUGUGCUUAGGGAUCAAAUUUUAUUACCAAACGAUUUCGCCAUCGAGUAAAAUAAUCCAUAAUAGGAACUGUUAGAGAUUAUUUUAUAAUAAAAUUUAAUUUCUGCGUGCUGGCUCGGUCUUGGCCUCGAAACCAGUUUCCCACCAGCAGUGAUAUUACGUACCAAAAAUAUUACUCCUGGCGCAUAAAGGAAUCCUUUUUUUUUUUUUUUGUUUAAUAUACCGGGAGGUCUCUAGAAAGUAAGCGACCCGUGCCUCUUUGAAUCCCUGAGAGGGCCUGCGUGCACGUGCAUCCGGAAAUAAUGUCCCAAACGUAUUCGUCAUUCCUCGUCCCGCGUGUGACACACACUCAUACACAUACACACAUGCUCACGAUCAAACAUGCAUACACAUUUGCAGACGAAACGCGUCGCGUACACGCGCUAACACGGGUACAGGUUAAUUAAAGACUAAUCGACGACACGACGAAACCUGAAUUGCAACUCAAGUGCUUGAAAUUUAUAUAGGUACAUAUAAUCGCAAGAAGUGUAAUAAUGCAGUUGGGAACACGGGUGAACAUGUUUCAUGAUCGUCGAGGGGGCGGGCGGGCCGGAGGGGUGGGAUUCAAUUGCAGACACGUUGAAAAGUUCGCUCGAAGGGUUGGCUCGAAAGCCCUCGACGCACUGGAAUUUGUUCUUUCUCUCAUUUUCAAUUGGUCGAAUCGUUCCCCGACGAUCUCAACCCCUCGUACGGUAUUUUUUAGUACGACUGGGCAACUCCGCGCCAUGUUUGUUGGUCCGUCUCUACGAGCUGAAAGUGUUCUUAUUCCCACCACUGAUCAUUAAUUCUGAUUAAAUUUGUUUCAUUUUCUUUUCGACUACAUUUUUUCCUACGAAUAAAUAUUAUAUCUUUGCAACAUUGGUUACCGACGAUAAACGAUACUGGUCUGACAGUGGUCGCGAAGUUGUAUACCGAAUGUGUCAGUGGAGUGCAAAGUCGAUUUCACUCGAAUCGUGCGAGGACCAGCAAAGACCAGACUCCAUUAAAGUGCUGAAAUUUAGGAGGAGAUAGUCUUCUACGCUACGUAAAUGUUUUGUUUUCCGUUUCCCCAUUGUUUUUCAUUUCAAGGUAGAGAAAUUAAUAAGGGAUACCAAGUACUGAACGAUAUUGCACAAAGGCCUUACAUAAUGAACCACGGUGUAGAGUUUCGACGUUCGUGCGUCCGCGAUCCUAGGUGUGUAGCUUCCGGUUAUAUUUCUGACAUAUUUUUUAUACGUUAACCCUGACGAUCGCUGAAGGAUAUUAGAAAAUAGAAAAAAAGAAUUUCUAUGAAGCCACUUGUCACGGAAGGAAAAAAUAAAAAACGAAUUAACGCGUACACGUCAUAUUAGACGAAGACAAAACUACGUACACACAUACACACAGACACACAAAUACACACCAAUGAAACGAAAAGACUAAAUAAACAAGAGACAAAAAAAAUGUUUUAUAGACGAAGAAUCGGUAAUUUCCGAAUAUUCUACAGAACAUUGUUCACAUACUCAGGAUAACAAGAGGCGCCUUAAUUUUUAAUCUUGAAUUCGGUCUCUGAGAUGUUUACGGAUAGCUUCGCGUACAAUGUCUGUAUCUAUGUAUAUAGGAAAUCACAUACGGUGUAGGUAUACACACGCAUACCUAUACAUUUCUCUUUCUCUCUGCGUAUAAAUUUUGUCGGGGAAAGAAAAGCUGUAUCGGUCCACGUUUCGAAUUUCUUCUGCGUUCGACGAAAGGAAACUCGACGAUACAUUAUAUAUACAUAAUAUUGUACGGGGUGUUCCGUUCGUAACAGACCACCUAAUCGCACGUGGAACCUCGAUGAUCGCACUGGAACCUCGUUUGUCGCGAGAUAACUCCAAGAGAAAAAUGCUAUUGGAUUGGAACAUCCGUCUUGACAUAUUGUUUUCCAUUGACAGAAAUAGAGGAGAUCAUUUGCCGGUCUGUUUCGAGCGGGUCGCCGUGUAUAUAAUAUACAUACCUCGCAAUAGACUUUGCCUUCUUAAGACGGCAGCCUUUUCUCUUCGCGGCUGAUAAAUAGUAAUCAUCGUUUAGCAGCUUAGUUAUUUUUGUUUUUCUCUCUUCUUUACUUGCUCGUGUGUCCGACCUGUGAGUUCUCUGUAUCGUGCCAAAUCAAGAAGGGAAUGGAAGGUGGACUGAGAGAGGAACCAUAGUUACGGAUUUAGCCGAGCGUUAUUUAGUCGAAUUUAAUCGAUACACGUAUUUAGAAUUGAUUAGUUGGAAAGUGCGACUCGCUUUAUUUAGCCGAAACUUGUACAGCUCGAACGGGGUGACACCUUUCGGGGUAAUUGGUUCACGUUAAACGUGCAUUUUUCACCUCUUCCUUUUUACGCCUAGUUCAUUUAUUUUCUUUAUCCUUUUUUUCCUUCUUUGUUUAUUUUUUUUGUUCUCCCUUGAAUUGACUGGAAAUUCUAGGCCUUCUCUGGACAAAGACAUUUCUUCGAAAAUUGCUCAGAGUAAUCCCCUUGCUGAUGGAUCGCGGAGGUGUGCUUUUUUUGUUUUCUUUUGCUUCGUUUUCGAACGAAAAUAAUUUUUGCUUCUCGACUCGCUGCGGUUUGUCCAGCGCGACGAUUUUUUAUCCUGUGAAUUUCUUGUUCGGAACGGUGGCUAUGUAUGUGCUAUUUGAGGCUUCGAAAAGGAGAAUUAUUUUUCUCCGUUUCUUAUAUAUAGGCUGCACAAAUAUAUACGUUACAAACAUUUAUAUACAGGAGGGACAUCGCAGUGGUGCAUCAAGAUUUUUUAAUAUAUUCACUCGCGCGCGUAAAUGCAACCUUGCAACGCGCAAGUUCAUUAAAGUUUGGGGAUGUGCACGUAUAAUUAAUUGGUCAUUACAGUGAUUACUUUUGUCGAAAGUUCAUUGGCCAUUUAAUCGCGCGUUUGCAUAUUUUAUAAUAGAGCAAAAUAAUUAUACAGAAUUUAUAUUAUUCGAAGAAAUGACUCCCCGAAUCGACGAAAAAUGAUUUACACCACUUUUCCCCCCUUGUGUAUAUCGUGCAUAUUGAAAGGAAUAUUAAUAAUUAUAUACGACUCUGUAAUUUUAUGCGAAGAUACUUGCGCGUACAUUUAGAGUAACUUACGCUGUUCCGAACGCCGCUUAGAGUUUUAUACGCAUUUAUCGCAGGGACGACCGAGCGAAUUAACGAUUAAGCAGAAAUAAGAAUUUUUAUAAAAUUCCUAACGUAAGCUGACAUAAUACGAGUCGAAUUGACUCGUGAAAGAAACGGUAUUGCGAGAAUGAAAAUCUCGAAUAACGAAUAAAGAGACAAAGAAAUAUGUAUGCGUUACUCGUUGAACGAAAACUAGGUGAACGAAUAAAAGUUCGAGCGUGUAAUCGUUCCAUCGAAUGAAAUUUUAUUCGAACGAAAUUCAGCACGUCUCCGAGAUACACUAUAGGAAGAAUAAUAGUCGUGAAAAGGGAGGCGUAUUUCUGCGAUCUGUCAGCGAUUUUGAAGAGUGCAAACGUACCUGCUAGCCACAUAGACAUUAAAAAUAAUAAUCAUAGUUACUGUAUAGGACAGAGAGAGGUGUGAGGGAGAUAACUCGUUUGUAAAACGACGCAACGUCGACGUAGCUUUAGCUUAGGAAAGGACAAGGCAAUUAUUAUAAUAUUGUUAUUAUUGUAUAAACGACUCGAAGUGGACACGGGAUUCGUCUCGAAGAUUUAAACGUUAUAGAAAAUAUUGUUAUAGAAAAUAUUCCGUUUUUUUUUUCUCCCGUUUCAUUUUUCACUUUGCAGCGUCAUCAGAGCGUCGUUGUAAUCCUUUAGUGUUUUUCUCGCUGGUUUAGACGAGGAUAAUUAAAUAAUCGAACUAAACGUUCGUUAAUUGUUGCGAACACGAGCGAAUCUCGCGUCCCCACUGCUUUCUUUUUUUUUUUUUUUGUAAAUUUUUAUAUACGCACAAGCGUGCGUGUAUAUAGGGAACGAUAUGCGUGUCCCCUCCCCCGUGUUAUAAUAAUGGACAAACGAUUUCUUCCAAGUUCUUUUUUUUUUCUUCUUGAAUAUAUAUAUAUAUAUUUUUAUUUAUGUUCGUUUCAUUUUGUUUCCGAGUUUUUUUAUUUUCGAUGUGGCCCGAGCGACGACACGAUUAUUCGAUUCGUGCGCCGAUAUUUGCAAUGCACGCGUAAACAAUGCCACGGGGAUGACUUACUACUGGUAUGCGAGUGUAUAAAUAAUUUGAAAAAAAAAAAAUAUAUAUAUAUACAUAAAAUGCGAUAUACAUAACGAGCAGAAAAAGAAUACGACGAUGAAAGAACGAGCGAUUGUGAGACGACAGGAUGCGACUGAGAGACUGAAAGAUUCAGAAAUCGAAAGUUUUAUAUAAAUGUAUAUAAAUAAAAUAUAGUUUGGUAUAAGAAACCGUGUACAGUUGUACCAAACCUUUGGCGUUAAGAGUACGUAUAGAAAUAUAUGAGUAAGGUGUUUAAGGAUGCGCGGUAAACGGAUCCAAUUUUUUCACGGGAGCAGGGGAGGCAGGAGAGGAUUCUUGACAAGAAUACUUAAGCGUAACAUUAGGUUUUUUAUUCAGAGCAAAACAAUAUUUUUUAUUUAUCCCUUUAUUUUUAUAUGACGUUGCUACUGGGAACCGAUUUGUACGAUGGGUGUUCGAGACGAGGCGUGAAUGGGGAAAUUAGUUUGACAGGGAUCGAGCCAACGCGAAAGAAAGAUUUAAUUAUGUCGAUGAUAAGUGGUGACCAGAGCUACACAACGAAACGACUGUCGGAAACGGGAAAACAGCGUGACGCGAGAGGGGAAAAUCGCGAAAGGGAAAUGAGACAAAAAGAGAAAAAAAAUCAUUGGAAAACCCGAUAAACACAGAUUAAACUGCGAUAUUCAUGUUAUACUAUAUUAUAUAUAUUAUAUGUAUAUUAUAUACAGAUAGACCGAUAGAAUCUCUUAUUUUUGCAAGAAAAUCAAACUCCCGAGAAAACUAAGAAAAAAAAUCGGGAAAGAAAACGAGAAAAAAAAUAUCGAACUACGUUCGUCGUCGCGCGAUCACGAGGACGCGGGACGUUUUCUUUAAGUUUUCCAUAUUUGACUAUCGACGUUGGUUCUUUUGUUUUUCCGUUCGAUUGGUUCUUCGCUGAUGUUGAUCCACGCAUAUUCAAGACGAAUGAUCAAGAACGAAGAGAAAUUAUUAGUCAAGAUACAUGAACGAUGUUAACGAAUUAAUUAUUGAUAAUUAACCUAAUAUUUUUCUAUUCGUAGCUUUGUUAGAAAAUGUCCUUUCACACAGGAAAAAAGAGACACGUCCCGCGUGUUCGUCGAUCGCGUUGAAGAUGGCGGACGCGCACUACAGAGACUUAGCCGCUUUAAACUGGGGGUGGAGUCGUUGGAAUUUCGUCUCGAUUCGCGCGACUUAUCGACGACACAACCUAUAUACGUAAUGACGAUACGAGUAGAGAGUAAAGUAUAUUAAAUCGUGAGCCUAGAUUUCGAAAUUGCUAAGAAACGAUGAAGAGAACCAUUCGCGAAGGAACCGUAAUUUCUGAAUGACACCACGAUAGAUAUACGGUACGAUAGUAUAUGGGGUGGGUUUUGGGGGGGGUAUCGUCGAGUUUGCUGCUAUAUUACUAUAUUAUCAAGUAUCGAGCAAUACUAUUAAUAAUUAGUUAUCGAUUAAUAACGAAGGACUACUACUCGCGUAAUUGUAUGGUAAUAAUACUUAAUAUAUAAUAUUAUAUAAUAUAUUAUAUUAUACAUCCACAUAUAUACGUAUAAUAGAAGAGCGUACUGUAUAAUCGUUUACACCUAAAUAAUAUAAUAUAUUAUCGAUAAUAUUAAUAUUAAUUAUUAGACGAAUAUAUGUUCGCUCGGUGAGAGGAUCGAGAAUAUGGCUUCCUAUGUAUCGAGUCUCGUCUCCUGCGGAGACGAGAUUUCAAUUUGUAAUUCGUGAUCGGUCUCCGGAUGAUCCACGCGGAUAAUGGACGAAGUUUACGGACCCACCUCCUUAAAAGAGUUCACUGUACCUAUACCUCGAAGAUUGUUGGAUAAGUAAGGCGAAAGGAAACGCUGCGAUUUAACGAUUUCACCGGAAACCACCGCGAUUGCCGUUCCCCGAUAAUGCAGCGUGUCCCACCGACCGUCUCUCUUGGUGUAUUUCUUCUCCCUUUGGUCGACCGUGAGGGGCGCGGGGGACCGGAAGUUGUGAGGAAAUCGUCGAAACCUAAGAGUCACCCCCCCAUCCCUCACACGUACGAUUACGUAAUAUUCACCUCGACACACGCAUACACGCACGUUUAACCGGGGAAACGAAAAUAAAAAGAUGGACACCCCGUGGACGCUGACGGAAAUUUGUAAGGAUUUGUAUGUACGCUCGUAGAGGUACACGUGGUGUCACGUGUACGUGCGACGUGUAUAUACAUAUAUACAUAUAUAAAUAUAUAUUACAUUAUAGAUAGAGAAUAAUAAAUGAAGAACUAAUAUUUAUACCAGAAGUUAAUAGUACUAUUAGAAAUAAUAUUUAUAUCUCUAUAUUUACUAUUUGCAUAUUAUGUAACGAAACGUAACCCUCGCCAGUUCCGUGAGAUAGAUCGGGUGGAUUUUGUACAGAGGGAAAUAAAAAAUGACGGUGAAAGAAAAAAUGGCGGCGUCGAAGAGAGAGUAUUCCCAUAGAGAUAGAGGGAGUGUACGGGAGAGUGUGUGUGUGUGUGCGAGAGUGAGAGCACGGAAAGAAUGAGAAUAUAGCGAAGAAAAAAGAAUAGGUUUUGUACUUAAAUUUAAAAAGAAAUGUCGUCCAUGCGUCGUCUGAAAGCGUUUUCUUGGUAGAUUUUUCGUUUUCUCUCGACUACGCAGCGGUUUGUAAACGGGUAAAAUUAUUAAUUUUCGACGUGACGAUUGAUAUGCAGUUGUUCUUAUUUUUUUUGGGCGACGAUCUUUUUCGUUAAGAAGAAAAAAAUUUGUGCUCGACAGGUAGGCGUUUUAAACGACGAUGUAAAUUGUGAGUGAUGCGCGUACUGCGAUGUUUUCUUUUCAUUUUUGUUAGUGAUCAGCGAAAGGUUAGCAAAACGAGAGUCUUCGAUGUUUCUUUUUUUCAGGAGAAAGGGUCAGACAGUUCCUUGACGUUUAUAUUUCGAAUUAUCUUAUUAUACGAAUAAAGCUAUUAUCAUUUACCUGGAA